UACCCAGCACUUUCUUUUUCUCUUUCUCUCUCUCAGUUCCACUGUCGCCGGAAAACUCUCGCCGGAGAGACUCACUUUGCCGGCGGACUCGGAUGCGUCAUUUCUUGCCGGUUCUCAUUAGUUUUAAACCCUAAUUUCGUCGCAGCCUCGGUGAAUUUGAACCGUGUUUCUUCUGCUUCAGAACACACUAAUCUGAGCUCGCAGCGAGAACGACAUCUUUCCAGUGUUCGGAAAACCCUAGUUGACUCCUUAGGAGCUUCGUGUUUUGACGUUUGUACUCUGUCGGAAGACGUGAUCGAGUCAAUUGGAAACCCUAGUUUCGUCCUCCGAUUGAAACUCGUGAUCGUGACUUUCAUAAUUUCAUACCCUUACCUCUAAAACCUGAUUUCUCCUCUCAGAAAUAUAUCUGAAUUCACCGGCUUUCUGUUUCUUCAAUCCGAGUUUCUUCAGUUCCUGUCAUCAAGUGUUCUAAAUUUCUUGUCGAAACUUUCGGUCUUGAACACUAGUAUUUUCUGUCUGUUCGCUUCUAGUUUGAAUUGGUUUCCAUUGGAAAUUGGCUUUUGCAGGGGAAGCGAUUGAAGGCGGAUUCAGAUAGUGAUUGAUUCGAGUUCCAGUUCGAAUUUCAUCGGCUUCGAUUGAUCAAUCCGAAUUUCUUCAAUUUCUGCUACUAAACACUCGAGCCUUUCUUGUGUUGACGUGAUCAAUUUUUUCGAAAUAAAACCACAGCGUUCUACUUAAGCCUUCUGCAACUUCAAGUUUGUUUCGAUGGCGGAUUCAGAUAACGAUUCGGGAGGAGGCCACAACUACCACCACGCGAACAGCGAGCUGUCGCCGAGAGAGCAGGACAGGUUCCUCCCGAUCGCAAACGUGAGCAGAAUCAUGAAGAAGGGGCUGCCGGCGAACGCCAAGAUUUCCAAGGACGCGAAGGAGACAGUGCAGGAGUGCGUGUCGGAGUUCAUCAGCUUCAUCACCGGCGAGGCCUCCGACAAGUGCCAGCGGGAAAAGCGCAAGACCAUCAACGGCGACGAUCUCCUCUGGGCCAUGACGACCUUAGGCUUCGAGGACUACGUCGAGCCCCUCAGGGUCUACCUUCAGCGGUACAGAGACAUCGAAGGGGAGAAGACCGCGUUCGCCGGACGCCAAGGCGGCGACAAGGACGCCGCCCCUGCCAGUGGCGGCGGCGGCGGCGGCGGCGGCAAUGGCAGCAUCGUGAAUUUCGGCAACGCUGGGGGUAAUUACCCUGACAGCGAGUUGUACGGAGGAAUGCCUUCGAAUGUGUCUAUGUUGAUGGGCGGGCAUCAUCAAGGACACGGGUACGGGUCGGUUUCUUACCAACAACUGGCAGCUGGUUCAGCGGGUAAGAUCGGGCCGGGUAAUCCCGGGUCCGGGUCUUCUUCCGGGCGUGCCAGAUAGGUUAUUUUGAGACUCUUAUUAUGUAUACAUAAAAAAAAAAAAAGAAAAA